AUGGCUAUUGACAUUGAUGAUUGGAGACAACCUUUGCCAGAUGAUUCUAGACAUCGAUCAGAGGUACAACGUCGGGCACCUCGAUUCAUUUAUUACAAAAAAAUUCUCUACCGUCGCUCAUUCGAAGGAGUGUUUCUAAGAUGCUUGGCUGAAGAAGAUGCAUGUAAAGCGAUUGAGGAGGCUCACUCAGGUAUUUGUGGAGCUCAUCAAUCAGGACCAAAGCUACAUUUCCAAAUAAAGUGGAUGGGCUAUUAUUGGCCGACUAUGGCAUGUCAAUUCCAUGCCAACUUUAUACACCAACCGUAUGAGCCGCUACAUCCCACAAUUACUUCAUGGCCAUUUGAUGUGUGGGGUCUUGAUGUGGUGGGACCGAUAGCACCCAAAUCUUUCGAUAGCCAUUCUUACAUCCUUGCAGCCACAAACUACUUUUCAAAGUGGGCAGAAGCUGUACCUCUAAAGGAAGUGAAGAAAGAGAACGUAGUGAGCUUUAUCAAAGUGAACAUCAUUCAUCAGCAUGGUGUGCCGCGUUACAUCAUCACAAACAAUGGAAAGCCAUUCUUGAAUUGGUUGAUGGAUAAAUUGUGUGAUGAUUUUGGUUUCAAGAGAUGCAACUCUUCAACAAAACUCUUUGCAACCUAUUGA